GACAGACUCUGUUCGUGACGUCACCAGACAUGGUCUUCUAUAAAAACGGGCGCUCGACCCUCUUCUUUCUUUUUCAGUCUAGGACGCUUAGGGUUCGCAAGGAUGGCAUGGGAGGCGGUGGCUAUGUUAAAUUUUUUUAAUAUAACUGUUUCUUUUGUAAAAUGUUUAAAUAUGCAUCUCCCUAUAUGUGCUUUCGGAUGAUGCAUCGUUUAAUUUAGCAAUAUGAUUUGUUUGCCGGCAUGAACUACAUGCGCCGAAAAGCACGUGGCAAAUGCCUGUUCCCCUUAGUCUCUCUUCAGGGACGAUGAGUAGAGGGGAGGUUUUCUGUGCAGCUAGGGCGACAUCUGCUUUGCCUUCCUAGGGCUUCGUAACCCAUCCGUUGAUCGCUUCUUGGGAUGCUUUUUGGGCCGUUAAGGGUUGGCGUUUCUCCAGACCACCUGUGUUCUUUGACACUCCGGAAGGAAGCCUGGCGCUCACAGCAGUUAUUGUCUGUCUUGAGUUCAAUAAAGCUGAUUUUGUAUUGGAAAAAAGACUCUGUAGUUUUGUUUGCUGUUACUAAAUGGAAUCGGAUCGUGAAGUUAUAAGCUGCUACAUCAAUGAGUCGCACAUAGAUUCGUGACCUACAUUCUCACCACACUUGUUCGGCUGGGUGUGCAUUGAGUAAGAUUGCAGUGGUAAUGCGUAUACAUUUGAGCCUGUUUUGCUGGUUUUUAAUCUGCUGAGUUUGAUCAUUGAAGAUUUCAUAUGUUUUGGUCACUUGUUUAUAAAGGGGUAAUAGCUUGUAUAUUCUGGACCAAUCCAGUAUUGCGAUGACUUUUAAUUCAUGGUGCCACUGCACCUCUGGGAGAGGUUAGCGUGAAUCAUUGGUAAAUACAAAGGUACGGCUACGUUUAAAAUGAAUAGACGAACCUGCUGGGAGGACCUGCAUGUGACACGUGACUGCCCGCGAGUGGCGAGCUUACCCGAAGAGCGCGCGCGCUCUUUGCACGAAAGCCGGUCUUUUACCGCGAAGUGCUUAAUGACAGUUCAUCCGUCUCAGCCCCAUUUGAUUCGACGGGGUGUUAAGAGCGUACGAUACUAUCUGAAGUCACAUAAAUCCGUUUCAAAUCUCCCGCCUAUUCCUGACCAGUAGUUCGUAAUUUAAUAUUUCAUCUGGUGAUCCCUGUGGAGUCUGCGCAGGGAGCCCUCCAUACCACUGCGAUUUUACAGAAUUACUGAUUUUAAACGUUUUUGCGAGUCCGUGCGCUGAGCAUCGGGUCACACUGCCAUCCGGUCCGCUUCCUGUUUCCGGGACACGAACUGCUUUGGUGAGAGGGGCCAUAAACAAAGACCGAUCAGCCCCCGAUCCGGCGACCCUUCAGCAGAGAUCAGCACAAACCCCCCGCUGGAGCGAUGGACACUGGUAUAAUUUCUAGCUUUAUGGUGACUCCCAUCAUCUCGGACUCUGAUCCCCUGGCUCCAAUCCCAUCCUGUACUUCUCCUGUCCCAGGACUCAGCCAGGACAAGAUUGCCUCCUUCGCCAAGCGCCUGAAGGCAGAACCGCGCUACCUACUGGCCCAGAAUGUCUCCACCUGCAUCGACCCUCUGGAGGUUUGCUUGCACCGGCAGACGGUCCAGGACACUGUGCACAUCUUCCAGCACAGCAUUCCAAUGGAGGGCAAGCCCAUCACCAACCAGAAGAGCUCUGGACGAUGCUGGAUCUUCUCCUGCCUCAACGUGAUGCGCCUGCCCUUCAUGAAGAAGUUCAAUAUCGAGGAGUUUGAGUUCAGUCAGUCCUACCUCUUCUUCUGGGAUAAGGUGGAGCGCUGCUAUUAUUUCUUACACGCCUUUGUGGAGACGGCCCUUCGGAAUGAACCAGUGGAAGGGAGGCUGGUCCAGUUCCUGCUGUCUAAUCCCACAAAUGAUGGGGGACAGUGGGACAUGCUGGUCAACCUCAUCGAGAAGUAUGGAGUUAUUCCAAAGAAGUGCUUCCCGGAGUCUCACAGCUCGGAGGCAUCGCGGAGGAUGAACGACAUCCUCAAUCACAAGCUCCGGGAGUACUGUCUGAGGUUGAGGGACAUAAUGGCCAGCAGCUACACCAAAGCAGACUUGUCUGAAGCUAUAGACACCAUGAUCGAGGAGGUGUUCCGCAUAGUCAGUGUCUGCCUGGGCAGCCCGCCUGACACCAUCUGUUGGGAAUUCCGGGAUAAGGAGAAGAACUUCCACCGCAUCGGCCCACUGACGCCCCAGGAGUUCUACAGGGAGCAUGUCAAGCCAGUCUACAACAUCCAAGACAAGGUGUGCCUGGUGAAUGACCCACGGCCCACAAGUCCCUAUUCGAAGAUGUACACAGUGGAGUUUUUGGGUAACAUGGUGGGUGGGAGGAAGACAUUAUAUAACAACCAGUCCAUCCAGUUGCUGAAGAACUCUGCAGCAGAUUCCAUUAAGGCUGGCGAGGCGGUGUGGUUUGGCUGUGACGUGGGGAAGCACUUUCACGGGAAACUGGGCAUCAAUGACAUGAACGUGUUCAACCACGAGCUGGUGUUUGGAGUCUCUGUGAAGAACCUGUCCAAGGCCGAGAGACUGAUCUAUGGCGACUCGCUCAUGACCCAUGCCAUGAUCCUGACUGCUGUCACUGACAAGGAAGGGAAGGACGGAACGUUUGAGAAAUGGCGCGCGGAAAACUCCUGGGGAGACGAUCGCGGAAAUAAAGGUUACCUCAUCAUGACAGAUGACUGGUUCUCAGAGUACGUCUACGAAGUCGUGGUGGAUAAGAAGUUUGUUGCCUCUGAGAUACUGGAGGUGAUGAAACAGGAUCCCAUUGUACUUCCUGCCUGGGACCCAAUGGGAGCACUCGCCUAACGAAAAAAUGAAAAUUUUAAUGGGGGAGGGGGGGUUCCCCCCCACCACCUCCGUCCCACUUCUCUCUCAUCCGUCCAAAGACUCCCACACCAUGGACUUCUCUAGACAAAGGACACCUUUUUUUUUUUUUAAAGAAAAGUCAACAAUACAUUUUAAUUCUUUCCCCUUUCAUGCCUUCUCGCUCUCUCAACUCAGUUAUGGUUUCCAGUUCAGUGAAGCAGUGGGUUUUUAUUUGAAAUUUUUUAAAAUCUUCUUAGGUUGUAAGUUUUAUCAGACCCAGUUUUCAACCCCAGGGAAGUGGUUCCCAGCUUCCUCAUUCAGUAUAUUUGUUAAGGUCUAACAGAAGAUCACCUGACUCAGCGAAGAGUCUGAUGGUCAGUUGGAACAGGUGUGCCGGCACAAAGCAGUGUUAGUGACAGAUGGGCGUUGCACUGGAUUCCAGGGGGCAUUGGGGCUAGCGGUCAGCUUUCCCCACGUGUACUGUACUUGCCUCCUGUCUACACUGCACCCCUAUGGUGUAAUAGGGUCUUGGUGCUCCUGUGAGUUGCUGGAUUACUUAGCACCUGCACUUCUGAGGCCUGCAGAACUGCCAGAGCUGUUCCUUCACACUCUUAGUUCAGCUUUGGCUUUAUAUUAUAUUUCAUUAGUCUUCCUCUAUUAAAAAAAAUAUCUAAAUAUUAGGCGGAUCACAUCUCUUCUGGUGCUGGUAUUCAUGUUGUGAUUGGAAGUUCUCUGUGCUCCUAAUGGGUCUUGGAAUAUGCCAAGUUGGCCUUGUAGUUCUGCCAAGGUUAUGGGCUGCCAAAUGGGCUAGUGAUUAAAAAUAAAUACACGGGAUGGAUUAUAACAAGCACAGCAUUGCUUCAGUGUAGAAUUUCCAUCCUCGAUUCCAGAACUUGGUCUUCUUGUAUCUCUAACAGGAAACAUUCUGUAUGCAAAUUUAGCUUAACUCGUGCAUACUUGGUGGUGCAUGUGUAUAGACCGUGUGGAAGGGUGGGUGCCACAGAGGCUGGAGUCUGCCUGACGCAUGUUAAUGAGGAGGGCUCUUCUCAUGAUGGGAAAGUCUAAUUUAACUGUAAGACUCUUCCCCUGACAGUACAGCACAGCAGUACAGCAGAAAGUCAAGUCCCCAAGAUUUUCAAAUGAGAUGAUUGCGUAUCAUAUAAAAUGGUUUUGUUACUUCUCUGUAUCAUUUGCUGUCCUUAUUGCUUGGUGUGUUUUCCUUGCUUAAAUGUGCUCUGAAUGUUCAGUGUCUUUAACAAAGAAUCAGGAUCUCAGUUGUUGCAUUUAGUUCCUUCUCUGAAACUGUGAUGAAUGAUGUAUUCAGAGGGAUACAAGUCAGGAACCGGCUGCCUGACAUUGUUUCUCCAAAGCCAGUACGCCCUCUUCAUUCACUGAAGCAGGGUCUAUAGGAGGCAGAUGCUAUAUUUUUGCUAAAAAUAUGAGGCUAUCUGAAAAAUUAACCUGAGCUGAGUCUGGUGGUACAGAGAUUGAGCGGCUGAUGGGAACGGAGGUUAACGGCAGCGUGUGGUGUGCCUUGUGCAGUGGAAUCGCGCCAUGUAGGGAAGGAGUAAACCAGCUCUUUGAUCUAGACCAUGAAGUUCACUGGAAUACAAGAAUGGCUGUACGCUUAUCGUAUAUCUUUGUAUAUGCUGACAUCAGAGGAAUGACGGCAGGAAUUCUUAUCUCCAUCUGCCUGUACCUGUGUGGGUUAUGUUUUGGCGUUGCUUUUAAAUUCCAGAGAGCAACUUCCUGUUCAGCAGGCAUGCAAAAAACUGAGAUGUGAGUCAAGAACGACUGAUAAUUUAUGUUCAGAGGACACAACAUUGGCUUGUGGUUUCAUGUCAUCCAGAUCAGACAGGAGCCACUUAAAUUACCCUCACAUGAUUAUGGUGGUCCAAGUGGCACACUGGCACCGGACUCCAAGUCCAACUCAUCACUCAAUGCAGCCUGUAGCAUCAGAGUGAAUGUAACAGCACACAGUGUGCGAUGAGGGGGAGCCCUAACAUGAACUGGUGCUGGGCUUCUCCCUCGAUAUCGGCUCUGAUGCAGGAAGCAAUAUUUUUAAUGGAAUUGUACAUCAACUGCCCCAAAUUCUUUUUCGAGUGAAUCUAUCCUUAUCCUGCUUCAUGGGAACAUCAGAAGUGUAUAAGGAUGGAACUUUUCCAUUUUGUAGUUGCUUCAAGACCCAGCGUGGUACUCAUCACAAACGUGGGUGCUUAUUGGUGCGCCUAUGAGGAUGGGAAAGAGAGAGGGGGGCCAAUGGUGGGGGCGAUGGAGCAGAAACGCAAGUACCAGCAGCAGGUUAUGGCUCAUACAAAACGUACUCAUAGAGCCAUGUGCCUUUCUACACAUUCAGGUAACAAGAGGUGGGGUUAAUCGAUCAAAAGCUAAAGGCUCAUAGGGUGCGGUGACGUGUUUGUUAUUGGGGGAAAUGAUUGGCGUUUUUAUCUUUUCCUAAAAUCUAAACUGGGUCAUUCUUUUAAUGAUGAAACUCUCUGUAUUACAUUACUGCAGACCAUCAAUACAACAGUAUACAGAUCUUUAUGUCCUUGGAUUAGAUUAUUAUGAUGAUUAUUAAAUCUUAUCCAUGUUCCAAUCAGUUAUCCUGGGCACAGUGGGUGGAGCUUUUAGUUAAUUCCAUUUAUAAUCUCCAAUUAAAAGAAAAUCUUAAGUUUCUGUAUGGUUACUCUAUGAAGAAUAAAAGAAGAAAUGUUCAUUCCUAA